ACACCGCCUUCAGCCCUGGUCGUGGUCGUGCUCAGUUGCUGAUUCCGCCACCAAUGGCCGCCACGCGCGCCGCCGCCGCCGCCGCGUCAGCGAAGCAGGUGACCAGGAAGAACUUCCCAGAGGCUCUGCGAGAGCUGGCGGCUCACAUGAAGGAGUGCGACUAUGUGGCCGUCGCGGCGCUCAAGACGGGCGCCCCCACCGGGUGGCGGCGCGCGCUGCCCGUGGACACCGCAGAGACGGCGUACCUCAAGGCCAAAUUCGCCGCGGAGUCCUUCCAGCCCCUCCACAUCGCGGUCUGCCCAUUCCGCGUGGACGCCACCUCCCGCUCCACCGUCGUCGCCUACCCGUACAACUUCCAUUUGUUUCCCAGAGACGAGCUACAUGUUGGAAUGCCUUCUUAUAGUUUCUCCUGCCAAUCAUCAUACUUAUCAUCUAUGGCCCGUGAUGGUUUUGAUUUCAAUAUGUGCAUUUAUGAUGGCAUCUCUUACCUAUCAAGGGUGCAAGAAUCCUUGGCCAGGCAAAAGAUCGUUAUCCCCCAUCUUCGUCAGCCAUCUCCAUCACCAAGUACAUCGGUUGCAGAUUCAGUUUUUACAACUAGAAUCAAGUCGAGAAUUCAGCAUUGGCGUAAAGGAUACGCAGAACCAAGCAAAACAGCUGAUGAUUCUUUAGUUAAUUCCCUUAGGAAACUAAUUUUGGGUGGUGAAUCAUAUGGUUCAAGGCCCAGUAUGAGCGUCGAUGUCUGCAGUGAUCGCCAAGUUCAACUGGUUUUGGAGAUAAUAGGUCACACCUUUGAUGACCUUGUACCUCUUGUCGUUCCGGAUAAAUCUGGGGUUGCUAGGGCAGUGCGUGUCAUCUUUACUAGUUCUGCAGAGGAUAAAAAUCUUCUCCUGAUGGACAUCAGAAAAUUGGAGGAUGAACAUAGUUUCAAGUUUCGUGGAUUUCGAGAAGUUGUUGAUCUACUAUCGUCAUCACAGAAACCAAUUAUAUCAUACAAUUGCUUGAGUGACCUUACAAUGAUACACACCAAAUUUAUUGGGCCUCUUCCGCCAAACAUGCAUGAAUUUAUGUGUUCCUUGAGGAUGGUUUUCUCUAGUGUUGUUGAUAUAGGCCAUUUGUGGCGAGAAAUCGGCCCUUUGAGAAAAGCGAAGAAUAUACAAGCAGCUCUGAGUUACUUACAAAGACAGUACUUUGUGCCAAUGGAAAUAGAAAUACCACAGCAAGAUGGUACCAAUUGUGUCACAAAAGGUGGAGAAAAUGUUCUGAGAAUAACAAAAUUAUUUGCUAAGUUAAGUAAAUUACUUAAUAUCAGACCCAAGUGUCAAUCUCAAUCUGGUGAGCAGUGUUACUCAGUUGAAGAUUACUGUAACAUCUUUUAUCCCGCCUGCAUGGCCGAAGAAUCUGAUGAUGUUGACUGCACUAAUGAGUCAGAUACCACAAGGACAGUGAGCACUGAUUGCGUUCUUUUCUUGUGGGGGUUUAGUGGGAUAUCUGCCAAAGAAUUGAGGUCCCGCCUUACAAGAUUGCACCAUGUCUUCUCGGAAGAUUUUGAACUUAGAUUGCUGGAUAAGACAUGCUCAGCUUUGAUAUUUCGUAGCUCUGAUGCUGCAGCGGGAUUACUGAGAGACAUAAGCUCAGAAAGCCCAUCGCUAAAUGAUUUCUUCUCAGAGGGUCUGAAAGCCGCAGGUUUCGAUGUCUACAGGAAGGCUUGCAGGUCAGGGCUUUGGGAUUCAGAUUUAGCCGAGGCCCUGGAGAGUGCUUCAUCGGAGUCAGCUACUUCGACGCUUUCUGGUCAUGGUAGCUCUGAGAUAUACUGGAAUAGCUCAUUGAAGCUAGAUCUAAAGGAGUAUCUGGAGUGCUAGAACAUCGUAUAGCCCUCUAGGUUUGGUUCUAGUCAUUUCAAGCUACCGUUCAAGUAAAUCAAGAACGGUGCCGCUUGCUUCUUUGGACAGUCUUUUCCCAGGAUAUAAGAUGUUCGGUCUAGGCUAAACUUUAUUUUGUUUCGCCUCAGAAAUCGCCACGUGCAUAUUUGAGCGGAGCUUUUACACCUGAUCUGCCAGGCAAAAUUUGCUGGAAUUUCAGUUAGCUACAGGCGUUUCAUCUCUCUGAUGAGAACUUGACAAAUCAGCAGGCGGAAGAGGGUUAGAUUGACUUGCGAUGUAACGCUUGUGGAACUGCAGGUUGCGUAUCAAGUGGAUGAUAUUCUGAAGAGCAUACUCGUGCAAAGCAGUUGAUCUGCUAUUAUAAAGAUGGAUGGCAUGCCAACCUUGACGGUACAUCGAAGGCCUAUACUUGCUCAAAAUGGAUAGUGCGUAACAGAUUUUCAGAUCGUUAGCUGUCUUGCGUGUCCCCUUGGGAUUGCGGCACGUAAGGAACCGGCAGAAUUCAGGUCGAAAUAGGACGAGCGUAGCCCCAAAGUCGGCCAAACAAACAUUGUGAACGCGAGCUAUAUUUCCCGUGCCUAACCACAUGAACAUUCCUGAAUGUGUACUGGAGCAAUAUUAAAGCCUCCUUUCGACCUACGUCGAGAA